UGUUUUGUUUAUUUGGUACAAAAAGUAAAAGGAAAGGUAUCACAAAUAUACCUUUAAAUAUUAACUUAUAUAGAGCCCUAGAUAAAGUCGAGACUUAGACCGCUUUAUUAUCACGAAAUAAACCAUGGGAGACGAAGAUGUUAUCCGUAGACGUCUUUUGAUUGAUGGCGAUGGCACUGGAGACGAUAGAAGACUAAACGUGUUGUUAAAAACACUAAUAAAAUGGUGUAACAGCACCGAUGAUAAACCUGAAGAGAGUAAAGCGACUCACGAUCGAAUGCUAGCGCAACUAGCGCAAUGCGAAUUUGCCGUCACCAAAUCCCAACUAGGUUCAGAAAUGAUGAACGCAGAGCUAACCAGCUAUGAAUCAUUGUCUAAAAUACUUGAAAACGGCAUAGAAAUUGCCAAAACGAACAUAGAGAAGAGCAAAGCUGAUCUACUCCAGGCUAAAACUGUCCGGAAAAACAGAAUCGAGUAUGAUGUGCUGGCUAAGGUAAUAAGUGAACAGCCGGAUAGGAAAGAAACACUGGAACGGCUCGGGACUUUGAAAACAGAACUGGCUGGUUUGGAAACAACAAAGCAGCAGUUGGAAAGCAGGUUGGCUUUAAGAAAAAAACAAUUCCAUGUGUUGGUUACUUCCAUUCAUCAGUUGCAGGCACUUUUGGAUGAACCUGAUGAUAUGGAGUCCAUUUCUGAUGUUGAGAUGAAAGAUAUUAGUAAUGAAUCUUAGCAAUAGAUGUUUGCCAUGUUGGAAAUAUUGUCAGCACAAAACUUUCUAACUAUUACUUUAACCUGGACUCAUUUGAAAUGACAUUAUGUACUGAGAUGUGUAAAGGGUUUUUAAGAGUACAACAU